AGGAAUACAAAAAGAUUUUGGAGCUUAUUAUGAUUAGAAUGGAGGAAGUUUUAUGAUGAAUCAGCUGGUUUCUUUUUGGUUGGAUGGUUCUUUCACUACUUUCCCUUUUUCUUAAUGGGCAGACAGUUGUUUUUGCACCAUUAUAUGCCCGCACUCUAUUUUUCAAUUUUAUUGUUUAGCGUCGGUUUCGAUCUGUUGACUAUUCGAUGGGUCAAUCGCAAGCGACUGUUAGCUGCUGCUGUGUUUAUUCUUUCGGUUAUUUAUGUCUAUCGUGUCUUUACACCAAUCACUUAUGCAGAACCUUGGACACAGUCUCUUUGUGAGAAAGCAAAAUGGAGAUCUACGUGGGAUUUUGAUUGUGCUCAGUACCAUCAUGAUAUUGAAAGCUACAAUGUUCCAAAACCCUUGAUCAUUGAAGGCUUUGGUAAAGUAAAAGAUGCAGUAAGCUCUUACUUAAGCAAACAACAAAAUGCAGAAGCAGCCGAUGGCAUCAAUAUUGUAUCAGAUCAAAUGAAGCCAUUUGUUGAUCCUUCUGUUCUAGAAGAGGCCGCUUUUGUUACCGGUACUCUCCAACAAAAAGAAUCCUAAAACAGAAUGAAGGCAAAGUUUUUUUUUUUUUUCGUACUACAUUCAAUAAAAUCUUGAUGCUUUUUUUUAUCAAUGAGAAGAA